UUCUCUUUACCCAUUUACCCCUUUAAUUCAUUUUUUGUCUCUCUCCUUCCUAGUGUUCAUCCUGCGGCGGCACCGGCUACCUCUGCUACAAAUCUUAGCUCCUGGCCUCCUGAUUUGAUCGGCCCGAACAACAGAAAAGAUCGAACUUGCAGCUGAAAUUGAAAGUAACUGCUUUCUGAGAUUCUGCAACCGCAUGAAACCCUAGAAAUGAGUGCCGUAGGUGGUGCAUUUGGUGGCAAUAGAGGGCUCCGUCCAGUGCCUCCCGAAAAGGGAAUUUUCCCAUUAGAUCACAUGCAUUUGUGUGACCUAGAGAAGAUAGAAUAUCUCAAUUGUCUAAAGACUGCUGGGCACCAGUCUGAGAAAUGCAGGCUAUUCUCAAAAAAAUACCUGCAGUGUCGCAUGGAGAAGAACUUGAUGGCAAAGCAAGACCUGGGUGAACUUGGUUUUAAGGAAAGUAAUGUAGAAACUCCUGGAGGGAAAAUUACUGACAGGGUUGAUAAUCAAGACCAAUGAACCCCAAGAAUUAAGAAUGUAUAUUGAUUUUGAGGUUGAGUUUUGGUGAUGCCAUUUUUUCCGUUGUCUUUCAAUUCAUUUGAUAAGUAACGUCUAACCAUGCGCUGUGAACGUAUAUUGAUUUUGAGGCUGAGUUUUGGUAAUGCCAUUUUUUCUUGUUGUCUUUCAAUUCAUUUGGAUAAUUAAUGUACCAGCACUGUGAACAAAAUAUGAUGGACGGUUUGUCCUAUUCCCUCUAUUAGACAUGCAGUUAAGAUUAUAUAGACCUAGAUAAUUAAUGCAAAGAGGAGUUUUGGGUUUU